GUUCCCACUAACGCGGAAGUGAGGUCACAUUUCCGUGUGCAUGUGCUUUCACUUUGUUGUAUCGUUUCAUUGAACUUGUCCGUAAGCAGGACUCGUAUCACUUCGCCAAGAAACACAAUCAGUGUGCUUUUCAGGCAGCAGGGAUGUUGUCCAGUGGAGCUGUUGUGCUACGGGCUGUGGAGACGCCGCUGUUUUGGCUCGGUGCUGUGACCGCGGCCUGGUUGUCGCUGUUUUCCUUGUACCAGCUGCUGGCCGGGAUUAAGGUGUGGGUGCUGGGCAACGGGCUCCUUGUGUCACCAGCUAAACUUGGCAAAUGGGCAGUUGUGACUGGAGCAACAGAUGGGAUUGGCAAGGCUUAUGCAGAGGAGCUGGCACGCAGAGGCUUUUCCAUUGUGCUGAUUAGUCGGUCUCAAGAGAAGCUGGAUGAAGUAGCCAAAGCAAUUGAGAGCAAAUGUGGUGUGGAGACAAAAACCAUUGCAGCAGACUUCAGUUUAGUAAAUAUCUAUUCCACUAUUGAAGAUGGACUUGCAGGACUGGAGAUCGGAGUAUUGGUGAAUAAUGUUGGAAUUUCCUAUUCUUACCCAGAAUUCUUCCUCAGCGUUCCCAAUCUGGAUACUUUCAUUGAUACUCUGGUCAAUGUCAACAUAACAUCAGUGUGCCAGAUGACACGACUUGUUUUGCCUCAGAUGGCUGAGAGGAAGAAGGGCGCCAUCCUCAACAUCUCUUCUGCAAGUGGCAUGUACCCCGUUCCUCUUCUCACGGUGUACUCUGCAUCCAAGGCAUUUGUGGACUUCUUCUCACGAGGGUUGCAAGCUGAGUACAAGAGCAAGGGGAUUAUCAUCCAGAGUGUUCUGCCCUUUUUCGUGGCAACAAAGCUAAGCAAAAUCCGGAGGGCCACGCUGGACAAGCCGAGUCCAGAGUGCUACGUCGCCGCUGAGCUCAACACUGUGGGCCUCCAGACGCAGACCAAUGGCUACCUACCUCACGCCAUCAUGGGUUGGGUGAGUACAGCUCUGCUCCCUGCCAGCAUUCUCAGCAGACACAUGAUGGGAGUGGCUUUGUCCCAGCGUUCUCGUUACCUCAAAAAGCAGAAGCAGGGCUAGCUCAGCGGAGGCCGGGGGCGGGCCAGCUGUUCUCAUGCCUUGUCUGACUACCAUCAUCAUCAUCGUCAUCAAUGUGGACCACGGAAGGGAAAAGCUGACUGUUGCUGAGGAGCAAAUCACUCCCCCCUGCCCUCAGAAAGUGCAAGUCAUAGAUGAUGCAAGGCAGCAUUUGGUCUCCAUCACUGUCCAUUAGUCUUCCACUUUAAUUUACCAAUUGAAAAGUCUCUCCAUUUACAUGGCACUGCUAUACUACUACUAUACAUUUAACCAUAAUUCUGUCAUCUGAUAAUGACAGACUAUAAAGAAGCUGAAUUUGCAGCUGUGCGAAAAAUAUUUUGGUCUCAAAUGUCUCACUAUUCCUAACACACUGAACAAUGCUUUUAAAGAGCUGCCACUUCCACUGUGUGAAAAUUACAUUGUUUUUGCAAUGAAUGUCUCAGUACAUUUGACUGAGCUCAUAAUUACUGUGCUUUUGUAUAUCUGUUGUGGGACUAUUUCCUGUAACUUAAAAGCGGUGUUUCACCAAAGUUUGUGUGUCUGGCAAACCAAUGAAUCUUUUGGGUGAAAUUUGUUGAGUGACAACGUUUGAUACACAUGUACAAUCUGAGGGCCAAUACAAGAGCUUUAUCUCAAUUUCAAUUCUGACCCUCAAUAUGAUUUGUAUAGUUGUAAUCCCCAUUAAGUAGCAUAAUAAACACUUUGAAAUGUG